AUGACGGACGUGGAGUUUGGGCGGAUGUCCAUCAAGGAGAGCAAGGAGGAAGGCAAAGCCGGCCCCCCGCGGCCCCACUGGUUCGAGCAGUACGUCCAGCCCUGCAUGGGGGAGUUGGUGGGCUCGGCUUUCUUCAUCUUCAUGGGCUGCGUUUCGGUCAUCGAGAAUGAGGACGGCACCGGCCGGUUGCAGCCCGCCUUGGCGCACGGACUGGCCCUGGGGCUCACCAUCGCCGUCCUGGGAAACAUCAGCGGGGGCCACUUCAACCCUGCCGUUUCCCUCGGAGCCUGGCUGGUCGGUGGGCUGAACAUGGUGAUGGUGAUCCCGUACUGGGUCUCCCAGCUGUGUGGGGGGCUGAUCGGAGCUGCUUUUGCCAAGGCUGUGACCGCCGACGAAAGGUAUACCAACACCAGUGGGGCGGCAUUCACCACCAUCACGUCGGACGACCAUCUGGGGAAGGCCUUGGUCAGCGAGGUCAUCAUGACCAUGUUUCUCGUCCUCGCCGUGUGCAUGGGGGCCAUCAAUGAGAAAACCAAAAGCCCCCUGGCCCCCUUCUGCAUCGGCUUCACUGUGACGGUGGAUAUCCUGGCAGGGGGCGCCAUCUCGGGGGCCUGCAUGAACCCAGCCAGAGCGUUUGGCCCUGCGCUGGUGGCCAACUACUGGGACUACCACUGGGUGUACUGGGUAGGGCCCAUGCUGGCCGGACUGCUGGUUGGAGCCUUGAUCAGGUUCCUGAUUGGAGACAAGAAAACCCGCCUCUUCCUCAAAUGA